AUGAAGCUCGAGGUCGGUCCAGCAGGCGACUACGAAGCGCCUUCAUGCUUCCAAGAAGACCUCUUUGCAGUUCUGGGAGACCAAAGGCCUGACCAUCGUUGGCUCAUCAUCGGGCCAGAGCGAAGCGGGUCAACGUUCCACAAGGACCCGAAUGCCACGUCUGCGUGGAACGCUGUAGUGCGUGGCUCGAAAUACUGGAUCAUGUUCCCACCCUACAUCAUGCCGCCGGGCGUUUUCGUUUCGGAUGAUCAAAGUGAAGUCACAAGCCCCUUAAGCAUUGGCGAGUGGCUACUCUCCUUCCACGAGGAGGCCAGACAAACUUCUGGUUGCUUAGAGGGUGUAUGCGAAGAAGGCGAGGUCUUGCAUGUGCCGAGCGGGUGGUGGCACCUUGUCGUCAAUCUCGACCCAGCCAUUGCCAUUACCCAGAACUUUGUGCCGCGAUCCCAUGUUGGCUCAGUGGUGGACUUUCUGGAUCGAAAACGUGCUCAAAUCUCCGGUUUCAAGGACGACGUCACAGAUCCCCUGGAGCUGUUCCUGGGGCGACUCAAAGAAGAGUAUCCCGGCCUGGCCGUUGAGCUGAAGAGGGACGAUGCGGAUAAGUCUAGGAAACGAAAGUGGGAGGAAGUUGUGGCACCAGCCAGUGUCGAGAAUGCUAGUAGUGGUGCUUUCAGCUUCGGAUUUGGUGAUGAUCUCGAAAGCGAACCCGAAGACUGA